UUCCUUGCCAUUUCUGUCCUUGCUCGAAACGCACUCCUCCUUCUUGCUGCCAUGGAUUCUAUCAUCGAGGUCCAGCGACACACCCACGAGGAGAUAGAACACUUUGAACGUGCGCUGUAUACGAUUUUGUCCAAGCCUCAGCCUACGCACGAGUCACGGUUGCAGGUUGAGCACAAGGCCUGUAAUCUCCUCGAUAGACUUUGCUCUCGUCUGGUCGCGUUGAACAACCUCUAUGAGGAUCAGGACACGCGGAAGACUGAGAUAGAUGCUAUUUCUGCGCCUCCAAACCAGCAGAAUGACUUGUCGACUUUCUAUGCUCGGCUGGGGAAGAUUCAAGAACAUUACGCGAAAUACCCGGAUGCCCUAGUUGGCGGCUUUGAACCCGAGCUGGCGGCUUUCCUAGACGAGGAACAAGAUGGAGGUGCAGGAGAUGAGGAGUAUGAAGACGAUGAUCCCGUUGCUUUGCUCUUCUCCGGUGAAGAAUCGUAUGGCAAAUAUCUCGACUUGUACACCAAUCACGCUGCCUACAAUAACUUGAAGAACAUCGGCAAGCGUCUGGGGUACCUUCAAUACCUCGAUGCUCUUCUUGCUGCUCAAACAGAGCCAGUGCAUUCAGAGUUGCCAAAGGAAUGCCGUUUGGCAAAGGAUUACGAGCUGUACAUCAAGGCCUUGCACGCGUACCUUAUUUCCUUCAUUAAGCGAGCACAGCCGUUGGUUGAUAUAGAAUCUCAGCAACGCGAGGCCGAGGCAGAGUUUGUCAAGAAGUGGGAAGCUGGAGAAAUCGAGGGAUGGGAGGAAGAACGCCCAAGCAAGCCGGCAGCAAAUGGCGAUGGCAAUGGAGAAGGGAUUUGGUGUGCAGCUUGCCAAAAAAUGUAUUCUAGGCAAACCGUAUAUGAUGCGCAUCUGACAUCGAGGAAGCACAUCAAGGCCACCCAAAAGCAAGCAACUAACGCGGAGCAACCGCCUCCCAACCCCAACGGCACCGCUCAGUCUUCUCCCAACCAUGAUGGGCAUGAUACUACACAGUUGGACAAAUCGAAGCAUCGUACUACUGCUAUGUUGACCUAUCUCACCACGCAGUUGCUCGCCUCCCUUGCAUCUGUAUUGAACGAGACGAAAUCCAACGUCGAACGUCGAUUCUCACUGACUGCUCGAGAGCGUGAACAGGAACUUCUUGAACAAUCAAAACCUCCGCCGGUAUCGGCCACGCCUGCCAACGGAGAUGCUGCCGAAGAAGAAGAGGAGGAAGAGCGGAUAUACAACCCGCUCAAGCUGCCUCUAGGAUGGGAUGGGAAGCCCAUUCCUUACUGGCUGUACAAGCUGCACGGAUUGGGUGUCGAGUACCGCUGCGAAAUUUGUUCGGACCACGUAUACAUGGGACGCAAAAACUUCGAUCGACAUUUCCAGGAAUCGAGACAUGCUUUUGGCAUGCGUGCACUUGGUUUGCCCAACACGAAGCACUUCCAUGAGAUCACUCGCAUUGAGGAUGCUCUUGCUCUGGCCGAAAAACUGAAGAGGGAAGGUCGCCAUGAGAUUUUCGAGCAAGAGACAAUGGAGGAGCUAGAGGACGAAGAAGGCAACGUCUACAACCGGAAGACGUACGAGGACCUGAAGAAACAAGGACUUAUUUAG